GGUGGAAAGUUUCGAUCCUCCUGCUGAUUUUCAUUGGGCUUAGAGAACAGGGUUAGAGGGUCAGAAACUCACGGAGAGUAGGAGAGACGAGCCACUUCUCUCAAAGUUCUGACCACUGCAGUGGAGUAACUGUGCAGAGCCCCAAAUGUCAACACUGACUGACUUUAAAGGUGGCUCUUUCCUCUCUUGCCUGUUUAUGGAUGUAAUCAUGUGGCGGAUAGCUGUUCAGCUUCCCUGGAUUUCGCACACAACCCCUCUUUGUUUUGCCUGAAGAUGGAAACACUGGAGUCGGAGCUGACCUGCCCAAUCUGCCUGGAGCUCUUUGAGGACCCGCUGCUCUUGCCCUGUGCUCACAGCCUUUGUUUCAACUGUGCCCAUCGCAUCCUGGUCUCCCACUGCACCCCCAGCGAGCCAAUUCAGUCCAUCAGUGCCUUUCAGUGCCCGACCUGUCGCUAUGUCAUCACCCUCAACCAGAGGGGCCUAGAGGGACUUAAACGCAACGUUACAUUACAGAACAUCAUUGACCGCUACCAGAAAGCUUCUCUGAGUGGACCUAACUCUCCUAACGAGACCCGGCGUGAGCGAGCCGCCCCCGACAGCAAAGCCAUGACAUCACCCGGUGACCGGGUGCAGUGUCAGUUCUGCGAGCAGGACCCUCCGCAGGAUGCUGUGAAGACCUGCGUCACCUGUGAGGUGUCAUACUGCGACGAAUGUCUUAAGGCCACCCACCCCAACAAGAAGCCCUUCACGGGCCACCGUCUAAUCGAGCCCUUGCUGGAUUCCCAUCUGCGAGGGCUAAUGUGUCUGGAGCACGAGGAUGAGAAGGUCAACAUGUACUGUGUGACAGAUGAACAGUUGAUCUGUGCAUUGUGUAAGCUGGUUGGCCGACACCGAGACCACCAAGUGGCAGCCCUCAGUGACCGAUUUGACAAACUCAAGAAAUCUUCUGGCCGCUUUCUCUGUGUGGGGCGUGAUCAUUCACACCAGGAGGCAGACCAGCAAGCCUUGGAUUCCAACCUCAGCAGUCUCAUCAAGAGGACCAGUGAGUUGGAAAGUCUGAUGGGCAAACUUAUCCAAACCUGCCAACACGUGGAGGUAAAUGCAUCACGACAGGAAAACAAGCUGCUUGAGGAGUGUGAACUGCUGAUUAAUAUCAUACAGCAGCGACGACAAAUCAUCGCCACCAAGAUAAAGGAGGGGAAGUCUGUGCGCCUGAGAAAGCUAGCCCAGCAGAUAGCCAGCUGCAAACAGUGCAUCGAGAGGUCCUCCUCCCUCAUCUCUCAAGCCGACCAAACCCUCAAGGAGACAGACCACGCUCGCUUCCUUCAGACGGCUAAAAGUAUCUGUGAGAGAGUAUCGAUGGCAACGGCAUCCUCCCAAAUCCUGUUACCAGAAAUUAAUCUGAAUGACACUUUUGAUAGUUUUGCUUUGGACUUCACGAGGGAGAAGAAAAUGCUAGAAACCCUGGAUUACCUCACGGCACCAAAUCCACCAGUAAUCCGUGAGGAAUUGUGCACAGCUUCAUAUGACACGAUCACAGUCCACUGGACAUCAGAUGAUGAGUUCUCUGUCGUAUCAUAUGAACUUCAGUAUGCCAUCUUCACCAGCCAAUCCAAUGUUGUCAGUUUAUGUAACUCUGCUGAUAGCUGGAUGAUCGUACCAAACAUCAAGCAAAAUCACUACACAGUGCACGGACUGCAGUGUGGCACAAAGUACAUCUUCAUAGUGAAGGCCAUAAAUCAGGCUGGAAACCGCAGCAGUGAACCAGGGAAACUCAAGACAAACAGUCAGCCGUUCAAGUUGGACCCAAAGUCCGCUCAUAGGAAGUUGAGGGUGUCUCAUGACAACCUGACAGUGGAGAGGGAUGAGACAUCAUCCAAGAAGAGCCACAGUCAGGACCGCUUCUCCAGCCACAGCAGCUACGGUGUCACAGGAAACGUCUACAUCGACAGCGGCCGCCACUACUGGGAGGCUCUGAUAGGAGGAAGCACAUGGUUUGCAGUGGGCAUUGCGUACAAGUCGGCGCCAAAACAUGAGUGGAUCGGCAAAAACUCGGCAUCGUGGGUACUGUCUCGCUGCAACAACUCGUGGGUGGUGCGUCACAACAGCAAGGAGAUGCCUAUUGAGCCUUCACCCCACCUGCGGCGUCUCGGCAUAUUGUUGGACUACGACUCUGGAUCUCUGUCUUUCUACGAUGCUGUCGGCUCUCAGCACUUGUAUACGUUUGACAUCGCCUUUGCUCAGCCAGUUUGCCCUGUGUUCAAUGUGUGGAACAGGUGUUUAACAAUCCUCACGGGACUGCCCAUCCCAGACCACUUAGAGGGGACCGAUUACAACAACUGACAAAACCUGUCCUGCUGGAUUUUCUUUUGUGUACCCAAAAAAAAAAAGAAAAAAAAAAA